GUGUGCCUGGGGGGAGGAGGGUGGUUCUAAGCAGAAACAGAGCGAGCCCCAUUUCAUAUUACACACGAAUACAGAAAAAAGAAAAGGGAAUCCUGAGCUGAGGCUCUUUACUUCGGGAGACAUUUAACUGUUUUUUAUGGAGACUGCUGGUCUGGAAAAUGAAGAUCUCUUCUGUGGUCAUAGUACUCCUGACUAGAGCAUUCAUUGGAGAAGUGUGCCAGGCCAUCAACAUCACUGUCACCCCCUCCCCGUUUACGGUGGCCCAGGAGGGCGAGAACGUCACCCUGACCUGCCAGGUGUCCCAGAGACGUCGCUCCAGCAGCCUGCCCGUAGUCAAAUGGACAUUCCUGCCGGAACGUUCUUCAAGCGACGAAGAGUUCCUCAUCGCCAGGGUCAACAUGAGAAAGGCCAGGUUCUAUGGGGACUAUACUAAGAGCUUCCCCUGGCCUAAGUUGAAACUGACAGUGGUCAAGCAGGGGAAGAUUUUUGACCUGCUCAUUAUGAACAUCUCAGUGGAGGACCGUGGACUCUACAUAUGCCGGGUGCAGGAGUUCAAGAAGCACCAGAACCGAUGGAAGGCAUCAACAAACUGUACGGCCGCCACCGAGCUUAGAGUGCAUGUCCUACCAGCGACCACGGCCAAGGAGAGUCUGUGGAGAUUGUUUGAAGACGUGUACCUGUGCGCUGUGCUGAUCUGCUCUGUGGGACUGGUGUGCAUGUGCAUGUUCACUGUGGCGGUGACCUGCCAAUAUGUUCAUAGGAAGAAGAAGUUAAAAGACAACUACCAUUUGGUCAAGAGCCUACAGAACAGUUCAGGGGAGACGGUGACCAGUCUAGUCAGUGUGUCUCCAGCUCUGCCCAAAAAGCAGAGGAGGUACAGGAAGAAACGAAGCAAAGCCCAGUCAGAGAUACCACCAGAGAUACCAGUUAAAGCACCCAUAGCAAACAAAAUCCCAAAACCCAAACUUUUAAAGGUACAGCCGAUGAAAGUGGUCUUGCCGAAGAUUGCAGAGGAGAGCCUGACAUAUGCAGAGUUGGAGCUGGUCAAGCCUCUGCCGGACAACAAAGCCUCGUGCACAAGCACUGUGUACGCCCAGAUCCUCUUUGAGGAGAGCUCUUUCAACUGGUGCCAAAGUCAACGGGCUCUUGGCGACACACUUGUACCCAGAGCUGUGAUCAGCUGUGACAGAGCAGUUUAACAACUGGUUGCAAACGAAAGGCCUUGUUCGGUUUGACUUGCAGCACCAGUGUUUUCCUCUCGCCUUAUGAUUACAUAGCACAUGAUUACUUAAGGUUUUCGUUCUUUCUUUUUUUUUUACUCCUGAUAAGAACUACACCAAUGACCAAAUGCCGUUUCUUUAUCUCUCAAGAUCUGCACAACAGCGGAGAUUUUGUCUUCUGGUUUUUACUUUUCCGUGAAUUUAAGUGUGUGUAAAAAUGCUUAGUAUGUUUAAUGACCCCUUGGAUUUAACCAUGGAAAAGCGAGCAAAACAACAGGAUUUUUUUUCUCCCCCAGUGAACUUGAAAUGCCAGACAUUCAGGCACCAUAACCAUUCCCCAUCCACCAGUUCUCUCUCUCAUAUAUGAAGAUCUAUACAUUGACUAAUAAUCACCAGAGUGCAUUGAGACGAUUCCAUGUAGGAAAAACAAAUCCUUCCCACAUACAUUGACAACAACUAAAUCUAUCUAUAUCUAUCUACACAAUGGCUCAAAGUAAACUUCCUGGGGAGAGAAAAACGUCUUAAAACCUUUUUAAACUGUGAAAAUUGAAGUCUCCUCCAAACCACAUUUGACUUAAUGGGAGGCCACUGCGUGGACCUCUAACUAGAACCAUGUGUGAACGCUGAACUCUGCACUUUCCUCUGCACUUUUCCUUUGCCAUUCGUUUAACCCGGAGAGUGCCGUCGCCAACAUUACUCUCCAUUCCAUUUGGAGCGCCUCUGUUAUUUGUUUUUGUCAUUUGAAAAUGACGUCGUCGCUGUCUGAUGAAAACCUCGUAACAAUAUUUUUGCCAAUUUAAAUGUUUUUUCAUUUAUUGAAAGCAAUAACUCCCCUCAAUGUACUCUCAACAUUUCAUGACUCUAGGACCAAGAAAAUGUAUUCAAAAUAUCUUCUGAAGUUUCAUAAUUGUAUAUUCGUUAAUGGGAAAAUAUGGUCAUUUUUUUCAUUUACUGAAAAGUUUCUGUUUUGGAGAUGAGAUUUUCAUCAGACAGCGACGAUAGAUGUGUGUGUGUAUAAUGUAUCAUAUGUGCUGUAUAAACAUAAAGCGGAUGUAUAUGGUCAGUGGUUAA